AUGCUCUCUGCCAACGACUUUGAAGUUGACCCGGGCCGGGAAGCGAUCGGUCACAAUACUCCCACGGAUAUACCGCGGGUGCGGCGUUUUUUUGACCCCCACAUGGCCGAAGCAGCUCCGCGCCUAGAAUGGAAAGCUUGGCGCGUAGCAGUCGCCAUCUCGGUUCGGCAGAUGCAUACAUCCCGACACGUCUUCCUGCGCGUCCCCGGUCUCGCCGUCACCAAGCUCGCUGGAUGGGCUCGGCCUGCUGGCACAGGAUGCUGCUCACAAAGGCCGCAAACUGCUUCCGCGGGGUUGAAGAACACAGAUCCUGGCCUGUACCCGCUCUCCUCCUAG